GAAAGGUAAAGUGGAGGAGAUGAAGUGUGAUCCACAGUGAACUCACCACCUUAUCCACAUUCUUAUUGGUUACAAUUUUCCCACAUCACAAUUCCCAUCUUCUAAUUUUCCUUCACUGAUCUUCUCUGACAUCUGAUUUUUUAACCAACUUUCAACUCCACCAACCACCACCACCACCACCACCACCACCACCAUGGCUGCCGCCGCCGCUGCCGCCAUAAGCUCCUCUUUCUCCUCAUCCAUGCACAUGCACACUACUCUCAAGUGCAUGCGUUCUGAUCACCUUAAACUUUCUCCACCACCUCGCAUUUUACCCUCCAUUUCACUUUCUUCCCACGCCAUUGACCACGUCACCAUAGGAGCUUUACCCCACAAGUGGCCGCGUGCCCUCAAGAUAUCUGCUGCUGUGGCUGAAGAGGAGGCUGCCGCUGCAACUGCCACUGAAGAACCAGGGCUCGUGGAAGAGGAAGAAGAAGUUACGGAAGUAGAAGGAGAUGGAGAGGCUGAGGUUCAGACCGAGACUGAGAAUCUGACCGAGACUCAGAGUACUGUGACUCCUAUUAACACUAAGCUUUAUUUUGGGAACUUGCCUUAUAAUGUUGACAGUGCUCAGCUGGCUGCGAUAAUACAAGAUUACGGAAGUCCAGAGCUUGUUGAGGUGCUAUACAAUAGAGAAACUGGAAGAAGCAGAGGGUUUGCAUUUGUGACAAUGAGUACAAUUGAAGAUUGUAAUGCAGUCAUUGAAAACCUUGAUGGGAGAGAAUAUUUGGGUCGAAUCUUGAGGGUGAACUUUUCCGACAAACCAAGACCUAAAUCACCUUUAUAUGCAGAAACCGAUUACAAGCUUUUUGUUGGAAAUUUAUCCUGGUCAGUAACAACUGAAAGUUUGAUCCAAGCUUUUCAAGGAUAUGGAAAUGUGGUCGGAGCAAGAGUUCUGUAUGAUGGAGAGACGGGAAGGUCCCGUGGCUAUGGCUUCGUAUGCUAUGCAACAAAAGAAGAGAUGGAUACUGCCCUGGAAUCUCUUGAUGGAGUGGUAUUUAAUUUUCUGAUUCCCCUCCCUCAACUCUGUCUGGUUUGUGUACAUUCAUUGAUUGAUACAUUUCAGAUUCAAUUACAAGAACAUCACUCAUUUAUCACUUGUUCUUUUGGCCCUCAGGAAUUACAAGGGCGAGCCAUGCGAGUAAGCUUGGCUGAAGGAAGACGGUCGUAAGAUCAUCAAAAUUUGAGUUUAUAAAGGUUUGAUGAUGAUCAUCAGUCAGGUUCACAAAUUAGAAGGAUACAUUAUUUGCAUAUUGCAAAUGCAGUCACUAGAGGGACCUGAAAUUCCCUUUAAUUUCAUGUUCUCUCAACCCAUUUUCCACUUGUGUAUUUUACUAAGUGGAACUUGUGAAAAUUUCAUGGUUAUCUCUACUAAUUAAAGUAAUAUAUGGUAUGAA